AAUUGGCAGCACUGCGUGUGGGGCUGUGCAAAAAACAGGGAGUCGCAUGCAAUUAGUUUUGUUAUUUCUUUUUCAAUUAUUAUCGGGCUUUGUGCUAUUCAUAAUUGUUAUACAUUACAUAUAUUAUAUAAUCAAUGCCAUUGCCGGCGAUACGCGAAAAGAACAAGAGCAAAAACAACAAAAAGAACACCAAAACCAAAACCAAUACCAACAGCAGCAACAAAAACAACAGGAAGUUUGUAGUUCUGCUACCCCAUCACCUUCUCCUUCACCUGCUCCACCAUCGUUACCGUUACCGCUUGCGACCGCCCCUUGCCCAAGAAGAACAAAAAGUGGUUUAACAAUUGUUAAUAGCAAAUUGUCUUUGGCCAAUUGUACAACAUUAUUAUCGGGAGUAGCGGCGACAGCGGCACCAACAGCAACAACAACAACAACAACGAUGCAAACAAAUGAUGAUGCCAAGUUCAUUAAAAAACGCUGGAAAGGCGGUUCCAUUGAGCCGCAUCCCACGGAUAAGGCAUUGAUUGUUAACUAUCAGCUGGAAGCCACCGUCUUUGGAGAGCCCAACAAUCCCAUGAUCGAGGAGAAGAAGCAUUGCCAGAAAAUUAUACGAUUGCGUUCGUUGAAUGCAAAAACCGAUCCAGCUGCAUUGGCCCGUGAAGUGGUAGAUAAAUGCGAUCUCAUACAUAAAUCCCAGUUAAAUGAUGUAGAGCAAAUAAUAUUCUACUUAAAGAAUCGCAAAGAUAAUGCCAGCAAUGAUAUUGCAGACAAUAAUACACAUAGCCGUAGAUCGGCUGCAUUGCACAAUUCUCAUACCCGAUCAUCGGCCCGAUCUCAUAGCAGUGUGGCGGCAAUGUCGUCAAGCACUGGAAGUGGCAUCUCAUCGGCAAAUGGCGGAGGCGGCGGCGGCAAUGGUGGUGGCUCUGGCUCUAAUAAUCUAUCUGCAGCAACAUCCACACCAGAUGUUAGCAUCAAUCAUAUAGAUGAAUAUGUGGAAUUGUUGUAUGAGGAGCUAGGUGAACGUAUUCGUGGCUCAGCCAUGAUACUGCAAAUGGCUCGCAAUCCCGAUAAUCUUGAAGAGCUGGAAAAGAAUGAGGCAUGUCUUAGUGCUUUGUCGCGUGUCCUGCGCGAGGAUUGGCGUAAAAGUUUGGAUCUCUCUACCAACAUUAUCUAUAUAUUCUUUUGUUUCUCCACCUACACAAAAUUUCAUCCUCUGAUUGUGCAAUAUAAGAUCGGAUCGCUUUGUAUGGAUGUGAUUGACUAUGAGCUACGUCGCUAUGAGACAAUGCGAAAUGAAUUAGAUGUACGCAAACAACCAAAUGGCUCCACUCCUCAAUCGGCCAAGGCUAGCAAAGAGAAACUGAAUCGUAGUACUGAUGAUUUCUUAGAUAUAAUGAAUGAGGAAAAGCCCAAAGAGAUGGAGCCGCCACGUCGACGUAUACCAGAGCUUAAACAACGCCCAAAAUCGGGAAACUGGAGCAGUUUUCAUGGUUCGAUGUCAUCGUCAUUGAUUAAAAGUCAAAUACUUAAUAGCAGCUAUCAUGAUGCUCUAUGUGCCGGUGCUAGCGGUGCUGGUGGUGACAUCUCCGCCUCUGCUGUGGCAGCUAUGACGCCCGAAUUUAAAGCACAGAGUAAUGAAUCAUUAGAUCGCAACGAUCCAAAGGUUAAGAAAGAGGAAAUCGAUCGUCUCAAUAAGCAGUUGAAGAUAUUUGCCAAGAAACAAGAACAAUUACUGCGUGUGGCCUUCUAUUUGCUACUCAAUAUGGCCGAGAAUGUGAAACUGGAGGAGAAGAUGAGACGUAAGCAUAUUGUCAAGAUGUUGGUUAAGGCGCUGGAUCGCCAAAAUAUUGAUCUUUUGAUGCUAGUCAGCACGUUCCUCAAGAAGCUAUCGAUUGUGGGCGACAACAAGGAUGAGAUGUGUGCAUUAAAUAUUGUCGCGAAAUUGCCGCGUUUAUUUCAAAGCUCUCACACCGAUCUGGUGCAGGUCACCCUUAAGUUGGUAUUCAAUCUCUCUUUUGAUGGUGGUCUGCGUCGCAAGAUGAUUGCAGCCGGUUAUUUGCCCAUACUGGUGAUGUUUAUCAAUGAUGAGAAGCAUCAUGGUAUUGCUGUCAAGAUUCUCUAUCACAUGAGUCUGGAUGACAAGGUGAAGGCCAUGUUUACUCAAACCGAGUGCGUUCAAAUGGCCACCGAUGCUAUUAUCUUGAAUUUGAAUGUUAAAGUCGAUUUAGAUUUAAUAGCAUUGUGUAUAAAUCUAUCAUUGAAUCGACGCAAUGCCCAGAUAAUGGUUGAGAAUCAACGUCUGCAUAGCCUCAUGGAUCGGGCAUUUAAAUAUCAGGAUGCAUUGCUUAUGAAAUUACUACGUAAUCUCUCACAGCAUGAGUCGCUGCAGUUGCAAUUCAUUGAUUAUGUUGGCGAUUUGGCACGCAUUUUGAGCAUCUGCGAUGAUGAAUCAUUCAUUGUCGAGUGCCUGGGGAUAUUGGGAAAUUUGGCACUAACCGAUUUGGAUUAUUCACAAAUAUUGCAAAAUUUUCAAUUGAUACCCUGGAUACGUGAGAUAUUGGUGCCAUGCGCUCGUCUAGAUGAUUUGGUAUUGGAUACCAUUGUCUAUUUGGGUACUUGUGCUUGCGAUGAACUCUGCGCCCUGCUCUUCUGUCGAGCCAAAGUGGUCAUUUCAUUGAUUGAACUAUUGAAGGCCAAGCAGGAGGAUGAUGAGAUUGUCCUACAGAUAAUCUUUGUGUUCCAGCAGAUAUUGCGGCAUGAAAGCACACGCGAAUAUAUGAUCAAAGAGACGGAAUCUCCGGCCUAUCUUAUCGACUUGAUGCAUGACAAAAACGAGGAGAUACGCAAAGUGUGUGACUAUUGUCUCGAUAUAAUAGCCAUCAGUGAUACCGAAUGGGCGAAACGUAUAAAGCUGGAGAAAUUUCGUAAUCACAAUUCACAAUGGCUGUGCAUGGUUGAAUCACAACAGGAUCAGGAUAAUGAACAUGAUUAUGUUGAUAAUGAGGAUGAUGAGAAUGAUUUGGAUACAUAUUUACGUUCAGAAUAUUUGGAUAAUUGCGAUCUGUAUAAUCAAGAGGGCGACAAUGAUAGCCAGAGUAAUAAUAGCAACAAUCCGGCCAGCCCGGCCAUGUCCACCUACAAUAGCAGACCAGUUAGCACCUAUAGACGCAGCCAGGAUCUCGAUGAGCUGUACAAUAUGACAUCCAGUUCGAAAUCUCAAGGAUCUAGCGAUAAUAAUUUUAUAUUCAAAUCGAAUAAAUCCUUGGAUGCUGAGGCUGGACUUCAUGAGGAGCAGCAGCCACAAUUGCUUAUGGCAUAAUCAAUCACGAAAAUUUAUAUACAUAUAAAAGGCUAAUUUUUUUUUGUUUUUGUUGCAACAGCAGCUUACCCAGCCCUCCCCUUGUGUACAUGUUAGUCAGGAGUUGUUAACCAAAAAAAACACACUCUAAUCAUAUACUCUCUAUAUAUAUAUUUAUAUUAUUGCUCGAUUAUAUAUGAUUUAUACACGCUUCUUGUUAACUUUAGAUAAAGACAAAGACAUUUGUACUCGGAA